UCCCCCUCCUGCCUCCAACCCGUCUCACCUCCAUCUCCCCUUGUACUGCCGCUGCCGGUAUCAGCUUGCUCCCCCCACCACCCCUCCCGCAUCCCCUGCCUCCGUUGACAGGGGUCUGUAAUUCUCCAUUCCCAGUAACAAUCUCGAAACCAAUGUUCCUUCGCUAAGGAUUCACCGGAAACCCGACUGAGUCAGACUUGAGAAACCGAAAGUGAAAUGAAACCUUUAGUUAAUGGCAGAUUACACGAUAGUUCAUGAUGUUGUUUCGGCACCUUUACAUUCUCGUUAUUGGAAUUGCACUGGCCCAGAAUGGACACACUCUUCCAAACAGAAAGCUGGAUUGCACCUUUCGAGAAGAGAAGCAAGAUGAUGGAACUCCUGUGUUAGGGCACACAACUGUCACGAGGAAGGCAUUGCUGCUGUUUGGUGAUAUCGAUACAGAUGAGGAAGCAAUUCGUUUUAAAGUUAAAGAUUCUUCUUUAGACAUAUUCCAUUACGUGGGCACGAAACCUGACGAUUUGGAAUGUGAAAUUAGCCGAUAUUCCACGCACGGAUUCCACGUUCCCUGGCCACACCAGGGUGCGGAGCUCACUGAGAACAAAUGGUUCACUGUGACUAUAAAGAACAGACAUGGCAAAUUCACUACAACUAGCUUCAUGAGGAAACUAAAAGCAUCUAAUCUUGAGGUGAAUGAGAAGAGUGAAGCACCAACUGAUGAUGAAGAUUCACCCAUUGGAAACACCGAUACUCUGUUAGUUCAAGUGAAUUAUAUCAUCCACACAAGUACACCAUUGAUCAGAACCAAACUGAAGCAAGACCUAGUUUUGGACUGUGGCUACAAGAUUGAUCACAGUACCGAUGUUAACAUUGACUGGAGAUAUCAAUACAAGGGGGUCAAGAAGAAAUUGUUUUCCUACAAUGGACGGAACCAGCAGGUUGAACACAUCGAGAAGGGAGUUGGAGCAUUCUUGGACCAGAUCAAGAAUGGGAAUGCGUCCCUCCGCAUAAGAAAUGUUGAUAUUAACAAUGAAGGAUCCUACACCUGUUUGGUAUAUGUCCCUCCUCUCUUCGGUACACACACCAUCAACCUGGAGAUUAUGGAGCCUCCCAAGGUUUCCUUGAACCAUGAUUCACUUUCCCUGAAGGAAGGGGACGAGCAGAAGCUGGCAUGUGACGCAGAGAUGUAUUACCCACUUGAUGUGACGAUGAAGUGGCAGCGCCAGCAGGGCCGGGAGCACCUCCUGCCCGUCUACCUCACCAAUACUGUCUUUUCAUCCCACAAGCCGAACAAAGAUGGCACCUUCAAUGUGACAAGUUACUUCAGGUUCACAGCCUCCCUCAGGGACGACGGUGCCACGUUCAUUUGCCAAGUUGGUCAUAUCAGCUUGGAGAAGGCAAUUAAACGUUACGUCCAUGUGAAUGUGGAAGCACGAUCUCAGAUACUACUGUACAUCUUAAUUUUAAUAUUGUCCCUAUUCUUCUGCGCUGUUCUGAUCAUCCUGCUAAUUCACUUGAGUAAAGUUAUGGAUAAAAACAAGAAGAAGCCAUACUGAGCACAGGAAACGGCACUUCAGGGAAUGAUGCAGCUGCUAAGGAGAGAAAGAAUCCGUGUAAAUGCAGAGAUCCUUCGCGUCCUUGGAACCUCCUAACGUGCUUCACAGCCGUUGGACUGCUUAAAACUAAUGGCUGUAGUGCUUGCACACAGCAGGAACCCACAAAGAGCAAAGGAGGUAAAUCAUCUGGUUAUUUACUUGCCGAGGGAGGAAUGUUGACCAGGACAUCAAAGCCACUCAUCGGCCCUCUUCCCAUAGGGUGUGUCUCAUCCACUUGAACCCCAGGAAGUGGAAAGUAGAGACUCAACUUAAAGUUCCAUCAGGAAGGCACAACCACUAAUAAUCAGUGUUCUUUCAGCUUUUGAGUCAAGCUCGGUCUUGGAAUGAAUCUGAACCUACAACCUUCUGACUUUGAGGCAGGAGCUUUAGUCAGAGGGUCAAAGAGAGAUACAGGAUGGAAACAGCUCUAUGGCCCACCAAGUAUGCACCGACCAUCGAUCAUUUUUUAUUCUCCCAACAUUCUCAUCAGCUCCCCCCAGAUUCUACCACUCACCUACAUACUAGGGGCAAUUUACAGCAGCCAAUUAACCCACCAAACUGCAUGUCCUUGGGAUGUGGGAGGCACCCAGAGGAAACUCAUGCGGUCACAGGGAGAAUCUGCUGGUAACUGAAUGUAUGAAAGAGGAGUUGCUAACAAUUUGCUGUGCCCUGCCUGAAAAGAUGGCCAACAGAUUCAGUAAUGACUUUCAAAAAGGGAUUAGUCGGAUACUUGAAGCAAACAAAAUGCAUGGCCAGGAGGACGUGCAGGGGAAUGGGUCUAACUGGGAGCGCCAUUACUAAGAGCAGGCAUAAACAUAAUGAACUGAAGAGCUGCCUCCUGUAAUCCUAUCAUAUGGACUCGUGACUGGUCACAGAAUGGAGUCUAGUCAUCCCUGUCCAUCCACUUUACUGGUCUUGAGCAAGUAGCUGCUCCCAGAUAGGUAUGAACUAACCCCAUUGAACCGCAGUUGACACCCCCCCCCCCCCCCCAAACCCAGAGUAUUCGUCUUCCAGCCCUUGCUAUUUUCCCACCAGCAUAGAGCUGAUAGGUCAGAUAAUGUUAAGAGAUAGAUUCCAUCCAAGAUCUAAAAACCUAUUUUAUUGACCGAGGGAGUAAUAGAGAGAGAGCAGUAUACUCUGUUUGCUGGUUACAACUUGUUUAAAGUAAUUUUUAGUUUGAAACCAGUAUCAACAGUACACUAAUUUUUUAUUCCCUUGCCUACUAUUACUGCCUUUUGAACUACAGCCCAUUAAUGUCAUUCUUCAGUCAGGGACAACAAGGCACAACUGUGAGCCCUCCAGUCAAUCAGUAAUUUAGUCACAGUAUCUAUUCCACAGGGAUACGGGGGCCCCACAGUGCAUGACUAUUAGAAAAAUAUAACCUUAACAUUUCAUCUGUCAGCCCUUUCAGUGCAACACACCUUUAAAGUUGUGCUGAGUGCUGGGAAGGGCAGCAAAGACAUGGGUUCCCUGACAAGAACAUUGAGGUGUCAUGCAUGUUUGUAUAUGUGUCUAACAUGUCACUGUUUAAAGAGUCACUCUAAGGGCCACUUAAAUUCCUGUACACAGCCCUGACAAGGUGGCACCUUGUACUACAUGCUGUGGAGUGAGACCUUCUCUUUGGUCAGAUUAAAUCAAGGCUGAUAGUUGAGAUAUGUUGUGAGGUCUCCAACUAUGUGUAAAAAGAAUGCAAUAAAAGCUCUUCCUACUGUCCCUUAAUUUGGAAUCAGCAGCAUAUGGGAGCCCCAGAUCCCGGCAGCAGAGAUGUCACCAAGCGAGCUGAACAGAGGAUUUUCUUGCUGACUGUAAAUCCAGAAGCAAAAUACAUCCAAUAAUUGACAUUUUAAACAUUAUGCACAGUGUAUAAAGAUUGGAAAGUAUUUAAAGCAGAAACUAAAAUAUUAUAAUAAACAUUUUUAAAGAUUAGAAAACUAUAUAAUUAAAACAGAGACUAAAAUACCACAAAUCAACUUUUUAAAAAAAAUUAAAAACUUAAAGCAGAAACUAAAAUACCACAAAUAAACUUUUUUAUAGAUUAACAAACUUUUAAAACUGUGGUAUUGCCACAGAGGAGGUUGCUGGAUGACUUGAGGAGCACAGAAUAUAGAACAGUACAGCUCUUUGGUCCACCAUGUCUGUGCCGACCAAGAUGCCAGUUUGAGCUAUACAUCCUCCUGCACGUGGUCUAUAUCUUUCUAUUCCCUGCCUAUUCAUGCGGCUGUCUAAAUGCCUCUUAAACGUUGCUAUCGUAUCUGCUUCCACCACUUCCCCUGGCAGCACGUUCCAGGCACCUACCACUCUCUAUAUAUAAAAAAAACUUGCUCGUAACUCUUGUGUAAAAACAAAACGCAAGUUUUCAGUAUGUUUUACAGCAGCAAUAGAUUGUGAGUAAGAGCAAUUCAUCUGAUUCCUUUUGAUUUGGUUAGAAAAGGCUCAACAGUUCAGCCUGUGAGUCACUGGCAGCAUCCUAGGCGUUUCUGAGUCAAACUUGGAUGCCUGAAAUCUUAGAGGUUGUGUCGCUUCCACGGAGAAAUAUGCUGCAUGUGAGUGGCUUUGUUGGAGUCUCAGUGAGUCCUUAUUAUGGCUGACAGUAAUUGAAACAUGUACAUGGAGCCAGUAUAACUAAUUGCCCCUGUUUUCCUUCUCGUGGGUGGGACCACAUCAUCCUGCCCAAGUUGGCAGCAUUGCCUGGAGCAAGAUGAGGGAAGAAAUCUGUUGCUUUGCUGGUCUCCCCCUUUUAACUCCUGCUCCCAUUCUCAAAGCUCAGCCCGAGGGACGCUGCUGUUUUCCAAGGGUCAUUUAGGUUAAGUGUACUUGUGGGGCUGUAUGACACCGAGGUGGCUGGAUUUUGAUGUCCUAAAGAAGGAAUUCUGGAACUUCCUCCUCCAAAGGUAUUGGCCGUGGCUCACUGGGUGGCACUCUUACCUCCAUGCCAGAAGGUUGUGAGUUCAAUGCCAGAGACUUGAGCACAAAAAUGUAGGGUAAUAAUUCAGAUGGAGUGCUGAACUGUCAGAGGUGCUGUCUUCCAUAUGAAACUUUAAACUAAGGCCUUCUCUGUGAUCUCAGCUGGAUGUGAAUAAUGCAGAGGUGCUAUUUUUGAAGAGGAGCUUGGGAGUCACCCGUGGUGUCCACAAAAAAAAAUACUGAAAAUAAUCAGCAGGUCAGGGAGCAUGUAUGGAAGGAACAGCGAUACAUAAGAAAAUAGGAGCAGGAGUAGGUUACCACAUCCCUCGAGCCUGCUCCACCAUUGAUCAAUAUGAUCAAGGCUGAUCUGUGCUGGAGAGGAACAGAGCUAACAUUUUGCAUUGAUGAACUUUGUUUCUGUCCACAGAUGCUGCCUGACCUGCUGAGUGUUUCCAGUAUUUUCUGUUUUUUAUUUCAGGUUUACAACUUAUGCAUUUUUUGUUUGCUUUUUGAGUUAUCACUGGUGUCCUGGCCAGUAUUUACCACACAACCCACGUCACUAACGCAGACGAUCAGGCAUUAGUAAAUUGCCCCUCCAAGUUUGUUGUGAUCUGAUCGCUUUUGCUUUGAGUUUGAGGACCCUGGUCACUCAUGACAUCUGAUUUAUUGAACUUUUUAUUGGCAACACUGCAUCAACCACUGAGCUGGGAGGAACAUGGGGCACAUAAUUAUUAGCAGAAUCAAUUUAUUCUGAAGGCAGAAUUAAAUUAAGGAGCAGAGUAAACAGAAACUACAACUUCUCCCAGUAAAAGCAAGGUGAUGCCUCCAGAAAAUGCAGUGAGUCAAUGGUUAUAUUAUGGACACUUAAAUCAGUCUCGGUCAUUGUUAGCAGUGUUGGCCCCAGUGGUGCGUGAUAGGGGAGUUACCCAAUCAUCUUUCUUCUAGAUGGCUGCAGUACUCAAAUGUGCAACCUUUAUUGGCUCCUCUUAUGACAAGAAUCCAUCUGGGGUGCAGCAAGGCACCACCAGGGGGCAGGCUCGGCCACACUUGUAAAUGUAACUGCUGUAAUGUAGAUGCAGCAACGUGUAGGGAGUGUGUGCAACAGAUUUUAACUCUAAUUGCAGACUUUUCAUGGCCUUGAUUACACAUGUACACGACUCAAUGACACAGGCAUAGCUUUUUUUAUUGGGAAAGCUGAUGUAGUAAAUAGAACUGGAUAAUGCAUGGAUGGCUGGGGGUUAAUUUGCUUUUAGUGAACUUGUUGGUGUCAUGAGUUGUGUGCAGCUACAUUGUUCUGUACUGUUUUCUCUGAAAUAAAUGUGCUGGUACAGAGACUCCUCAAGUUUACAUAGGGAAUUAAAAUAAAAACAAAAAAAAAACCAAA